ACUGACAGAUUAAUGAUUGUUGUUCUCUGUUCCAUCACGAUGCCGAACCAGUUUCGGAACUGUCAAAAGUGUUACUGGACUACUGCAGAAACUAAUUGUCAUGCGGCUGCGCACUCUGCGUUUUAACAGCUGUUAACGUUAGAAUCAAAAUAUAUUUUCGUUGUGAACCACAGAUAACAGAACUAAUUUGUGAACCAUUUUUUUACAUAAUUUCUGUAUAUUUUUGUGAAAUUACCCAGAAAUCAGUAGUAAGAAUUGAAUUAUUUCUUUGUAGCGUCGAUUUAAGUCUUAAGCUUUUUUUUUAUAGAAAUGGAUGACAAUGUUAUUUUUGAUGAUGAAAUUUUUGACAUAUCUACAGAGAGUGAAGCUAGUCAUUCUAGUGAUGAUGAUGAAAAUUUAGAAUUAUUGUUAGACAUUGAUCUUCGCCCUAAAAACGCACAUUAUUUAGAUCAAACUAUCCCACAAUACAGCAAUGAGCUAUUUCUAGAGCACUUUCGAGUAAGCCGACAUGUCGCAAUGUCUAUAGCUGAUAAAUUUGCAAAUAGUAUUUAUUACUCAGUAAAUCGUUCAGGCCGUUACGGAAAAUUGAGCGCUCAGGAUGUCAUUUACAUAUUUCUUUGGUUUGCUGGACAUCAAACUGCAAGUUAUCGAGAUGUAGGGGAUCGUUUUGAUGUGACAAUAAGCACAAUAUUUCGUAUUAUUAGACGAGUUACAUAUUUUUUGAGCAAUUUUUCUCCGGAAGUGAUAACGUGGCCAACCCAACUAGAAAAAGAGGACAUUGCAGCUCAUUUUAAUAGGAAGGGGUUUCCUGGAGUAAUUGGAGCUAUAGAUGGAUCGCAUAUAAAGAUUGAUAAACCUUCAGAUGACCCAGAUUCAUACAUGAAUAGAAAAAGUUUUUAUUCCAUUCAGAUUCAGGCAGUCUGUGACCACAACUUACUAAUUCGGGAUAUCUAUGUUGGAUUUCCAGGGUCUGUACAUGAUAGCCGCGUGUUCCGAAAUUCACCAUUAUGUGCCACACUACAACAAAAAUGUGUCAACUUUCAUCUAUUGGGAGAUAGUGGAUAUCCUCUUUUAACCAAUUUACUAACACCAUUUAGGGAUCGUGGACAAUUGUCAAGAGCUCAGACUAACUACAAUGUUGCUUUGGCUACUAACAGAUAUAUAAUUGAACACUGCUUUGGGCUGCUUAAGCAGAAGUAUAGGCAGUUGUAUCAUUUUAAACUUAGAAAUGUACGUGAUAUAGUUCAUUUUAUUCGAGCUUGUUGUGUUUUGCAUAACUUAGCACUGAAAGAUGAUGUGCCUUUGAAUCAAAAUGAUAUUGGACACCAGAAUGAAGUUGUUUUGGGUGACCUUUGGGAUAAUAAUUAUGAGGAUCCUGAUGACAUACCUGAUGAUAGAAAUGGUGUCCAAAAAAGAAAUGAUAUUCGAUUGCUGAAGCAUUCGAGUCGUGACACUGUUUUUGAAAGCAAUACCUUAUUGGUCGAACAGAAAAGCAAAUUCCUAGGCAAUAUUAAAAAUAAAGAACGACUAAUUUCGCAGCUUGCAAUACACCUAAACAGCGAGAAUAUUAGCAUAUCAUUUGCAAUAGAUGAUGCUGAUGUUCAAAUUAUUCGUACUGCCAUCAAAAUAUCUGAGAAAAAUGAACAAGUUCUAGUCGUUGGACAAGAUGUCGAUCUUGUUGUUUUAUUAGCAACACUUUCCCCCGAUGAAAAAGACAUCCUUUUCUGA